AUUCAAUAAUAAUAUUUUCAAUUACUAAAACUACAUUUUAUUAUGGUGUUCAAGUGAUUUUAAUGGGCUAUAUUAUACAAUUCAAUCAUCAUAUAGGCGUGGUUGUGUUCAAUUAAUUAUGUUAUUGAAUGACGGUCGUCAAUAAUAUAAUAGUUGAAUGUAUACGUGUAUGAAAUGAUUGAAAUGUACUUAUAGCGAUUAGUGAUAGUGUAAAAUAAAUUGAGCCAUUGUGAUGGCUGACUGUCCCAUAGCCCAGAUCAACGAAGACGACGAGGACACCCAAGAUAGAGUCAAAAUUGAACUGCAAGGGUACCUAAAUAAGUGGACAAACUUCUUACACGGCUGGCAAAAACGUUAUUUUGUAUUGAAGAACGGCACCUUGUUAUACUUCAAAUCACAAUCAGAAACCGAAUGUGGAUGUCGCGGUGCGAUAAGUCUAUUAAAAGCAACUGUAAAAGUGCACGAAGUAGACGAUUGCCGAUUUGAUGUGUCGCUAAACGAUUGUGCUUGGUAUUUGCGAGCUGACUCAUCAGCAACUAAAAAUCAUUGGAUCGAUGUGAUUGACUCACUUAAAGCUGAAUCUGGAUACGGCAGUGAAAAUAAUCUGAAGCGCAAUGGCAGUUCACUUUCUAUAUUAUCUAGUAAUAUGUCAACCAUGUCACCAGUGUUUAAGAAAAACAAGGGCUUGCAAGAUAAACUCAAUGAACUUGUAGCAUUUAGGGGUAUUUUAAUCAACCAAAUUGAUCGACUUCAAAUGUAUUUCGAUACAUGUUUAGCAGAAUUUGCUUCUUCAAAUGGUAAUAUAAAUAACUAUUAACUAUAAUA